AUGAAUUCCUACAGGAAACACCUCUACAAUGUGCACAUAAACAAGGCAUCGAGAGACACCGUCCCAGAUGUGAACCUAGAGAGCGAUACCAGCGACUACACUCUACGCGACGAAAUCCUGGACCGUCCCGAUAUGGGCAGUGAGGGGGAGUGGACACAUGAAGGGCCGUCGUAUGAAUUCUUUGAUCUCGUUGAGGAUGCUACGGGAAACGUGUGUCGGCUCUUUUUCCGCCUGACACAAGAGCAUAAAGUUCCCGAGUCGGCCUGUGAAACUGCGUUUAGGGACUUGGAAUGUCUGAUGAGUUCCCUCUGGGAGCAGUUUACAAACACAGUAGGCUGCAAAAUCGGUGACGAACUUCUGUCUACACAUGAUGACCUAAGACAGCUCCUAAAGUGUGACUUCAUGAAGCAACUUUUUGCGCCAGUUCGCACAGCCUACCAGCGAGAACAGUUCGCAAAGAGACACCUCCGUUACGUGGAACCCGUUCAGUGUCACUACGCUGCCGACAGGAACGAGUCGUUUCAGUACGUUCCUGUUGCAAGUGUCAUCAGAAAUGUUCUGGAGAGCCCAACGAUUGCUGACUCGCUUUUGAAUCCCCAGCCCCAGUGCGAUCCACAAAUCAUUAGCAGUUUCCGUGAUGGCACACUACAGCAACGACGCCAAGACACAAGGGAUCCAUCCACCACAUACAUCAUUUUGUACUCAGAUGAACUUGAAGUAGUGAACCCCAUUGGUCCCAAACGGGGUGUGCACAAACUACUAGUGGUAUAUUUUACCUUCUUGGAACUCCAUCCAAGAUUUCGGUCCCAGGUAAAGCAUAUACAUUUAGCCAUAGUCGCAAAGUACCCAGACACCAAGUGUCAUCUUGACGUGGUUCUAGCACCACUGGUUAGCGACCUGAAUGUGCUUGCAACUGACGGAAUGGAUAUUACUUCACCACUGGGCUCGCGGAAAAUUUUUGUGCGUGUUGUGGGCUUUUGUGGCGACAACUUGUCGAUGCACGCUAUUGGCGGCUUCACAUGCAGUUUCAGCUGUGGCAGGGUUUGCCGAUAUUGUUUAACGAGGUCAAGUCAACUGGGUGAAGUCAAAAGCGAACGUCACUGCAUUGUACGAGAUGCAAAGACACACAGUGCUCAGCUAGAAGCUAUACAAGUGAACCCUGACUUGACAUCUGCGUACGGUGUGCGAGAAAAGUCCCCACUGCUGGAGUUGGAAUCCUUCGACGUUACGCGCCAGCUUCCACCAGACGUAAUGCACGAUAUGUUCGAAGGGACGUUUGUUGUUAUCAUGCAUUACACCCUCAGAGGACUCGUUGAAGAUAACGUCCUAACUGCCGAAGAUAUCCUGCGUGCCGAUACUUUCCCGUAUGGCACCAACGACAACAAAAACAGGCCUGAGAAGAUCGGCGCGUCAUUUCUAAGUGAUUCCAAAUCCAUGAGGGGCUCUGCCUCUCAAAAAUGGUGCCUCUUUCGUCUCAUGCCUUUGAUUUUGGGCCCCAUCGUACCAGAGGGGAACGACAAAUGGGAACUAUUCCUCACCUUCCGGGAGCUGGCGGACAUUAUUUUGGCGGAGAAAAUGCCCUCUGAGUGCCCCCAAUAUUUGGAAGACAAGAUCGAGGAAUUUUUCAUGAUGUUCUUGGCCAAGUACCCGAAUGCUCGUGUGCAUCCGAAGCUCCAUUACAUGGUUCAUUAUCCGCGAAUCACCAGUGAGCUUGGCCCCCUGAGGCAAUAUUGGUGCCUUCGGUUUGAAGCAAAACACCAGUUCUUCAAGAGUCACGCCGCUAGGGUUCACAAUUACCGCAAUAUCCCCUACACAUUGGCAAAGAAGCAUCAGCUGUUACAAAGUUACCAGUUAGGUUCCAGCUUCAUGGAAAACAGCUUUACAGCGACAAAUCUACGCCCUGCAGAGCAAACACAGGCACAUCCCUGCGCACAGCACUUGUUCUGUGGCAUGGUCAACAUAGCGGAUUCUGCCAAGGUCAACGGUCUUGCGUAUUCCAAAGGAGAUAUCCUUGUCAUGAAAACCGGCGACGAUCCGAACUUUGCGCAAGUCCAACAACUAUACUUCGCUAAACGCAGGUUUUAUCUUCAAGUGGAAGAGAUGGUAGUGGAAACAUUUUGCAGGCACACGUUUGCGUACAAACUGCGUCGUACAGGCCACAUUGCGCUUAACGCACCUGGAGAUGAGGCUUCGUUUCAAAAGUUGGAUCUAUAUUUUGGCGGAUUCGUCGUGCCCAAAUGGGAAAUAAUUUUCUAA